AUGAUCUCAAAAUUCGUUGGUCUCCGUUCUGCGCGUCUUGCUGCGCGUCACCCGUGUCCUCGAAGAACAUUUGCUUCAGCCGCCUCUAGCCGCGCAGACCACGUUCGCAUCGUCGAAGUUGGACCACGAGAUGGGUUGCAGAAUGAGAAGCAGACAGUGCCGCUGGCGACAAAGAUAGAGCUGGUCGAGAGACUGGCAAAGACUGGCUUGACUACCAUUGAGGCAGGCUCCUUCGUCUCGCCCAAAUGGGUACCACAGAUGGCCAAUUCGGCUGAUAUCCUCGAACACGUCCUCUCUCGAACACCUCAAUCGACGCACCCGAUCACAUACCAAUGGCUCCUGCCAAACGUCAAGGGCUUCGACAACUUCCUCUCCAUGUGGCAGUCCAAGUCGCAAGCAGGACACGAUGCAUACCCGACACCCCCGCCGUCUCCGGGCCCCGACAAUGAACCAGCCCUCAACACGUCCUCCUCCGAUCCCAAUGCUAUGCCCUCAGCAUCCUCCGGCGCCGAAGCCAUGGGCAAAAGCCGCGGUGCAACAGCACCCACACACGAGCUCUCCAUCUUUACAGCGGCGACCGAGUCCUUCACGCAGAAGAACACCAACUGCUCGAUAGCCGAGUCGCUGAAGCGUUUCGAACCCAUCAUGUCCAAAGCAAAGGAGAUGGACCUCAAGGUUCGGGCAUACAUCUCAGUCGCACUCGGCUGCCCUUAUGAAGGACCAGAUGUAGACCCACACAAGGUGGCAGAGCUGGCAGUAAGCUUGUUGGAAAUGGGCGCGGAUGAGAUAUCAGUAGCGGAUACCACGGGCAUGGGCACUGCGCCCAAGACGCUGGAGCUUCUGAAGACGUUGAAUGCUGCGGGUGUAACCAAAGAUGACCUGGCGCUCCACUUCCACGAUACGUAUGGUCAGGCCUUGGUCAACUCGGUUGUCGCUCUAGAACACGGUAUUCGUACUUUUGACGCGGCGGUUGGUGGCCUUGGGGGCUGUCCGUUUAGCCCGGGUGCGACUGGGAAUGUUGCAACCGAGGAUCUGGUACAUUGCUUCCAUAGCUUGGGCGCAAAGACUGGUGUCGAUAUGGAGAAGCUGGCUGAGGUGGGUGAGUGGAUCUCACAAGAGCUAGGGAGGGCGAACGAUAGUAGAGCUGGAAAGGCUACGUUGGCUCAGCUGAGAAAAGCUACGUAA